AAGUAAAUUGUAAAUUGAAAAUUAAAUAGUUUGUGUUACCAUUGCAACACAGUAGCGGUGCGGCGCUGCGGCAUAACACGCGAUUGCAGGGCGCCUUCGUAGGCCGGUAAAAGUUUCGAUGCGAACCAGUUGUUGCUGAAGAAAAAAAAAAUGGGAUCAGCUGGUAGUACACAUCGUCGCGCACAGUAUCGAACACACUCACCCGCCGCAUGUCGGCACGAUACACCGCCGAGGACACACGAUGUGUCUAGAGAUGUAAGCGAGCACAACAUGGGACCGCGCAUCGUUGUGCCUGGCGUAGAUCGACCUGUAGCGUACGAAGUGCAGCGCCAACCGUCGGAUAGAAUAGAUAGAGAAUUUGGCGCACCUAGGACCACAUCAUCUACUAUGCAUUUUCGCUACGGCGCAUCGGCAAGCACUUCUGCCCAACCUACCUCCUUCCACCUUCCACCGCCACCGGUACGCAUCAAAGAAGCGUCGUGCAAUUGUAGGGCUUGCAAAGAAAAGGAUGAAGCAUUGGCCGCUUAUGCAGCAGCAUCAACAGCCGCCACCACUACUUAUCUACCAGCAACAACGGCGAGCAUGCAAAUGCGUAUCGCCGCCGCCUCUACGCCCAGCAACAAUGGUGUGACAAGAGCACUGCAACUGCAAGCCACUACGGUGUACGCGAGAUCGCCACAGCGAAUAACAUCGAAUCGCAGUGUAGUUGCGGCAAGUGGCGCGCCCAAUUGGAGCGGACACAUGGAGACUGUUGCUGAGCGGACUUUAGUAGGCUCGUCGUCGCCACGCAUGCGCGAAGCUACAUUUCUGCUGCAACCGCAACCGCAACCGCAAGCUGCUAUACCUGCGCACGUAUACUACGAUAGUGGACCUGUACCAAGGAUUUCUGUAGAACAACGAUAUGGGAGUGCUACUUCCGAUUUUGCUUCAGAUUUUCAGCAAGAAUGCUUGGAUGCGCACAACCGAUUUCGAGCACAACAUCAGAACUGUCCACCGCUGUCGCUUAGUAAUGAACUGAGUCGUUAUGCUCAACAAUGGGCCAAGCACUUGGCUGGUACAGGCCGCCUGGAACAUCGGCAAGUGCACACCUACGGUGAAAAUUUGUAUACAUGUUUUGGCAUGGAGGUUAAUGGCUCAACGCCAGUACAACGUUGGUACGACGAGAUACGCUACUAUGAUUUUUCCAAACCAAAUUAUAAGCCCGGAACAGGACAUUUCACACAAGUGGUGUGGCGGGAGAGUCGACAGUUGGGCGUGGGCAUUGCGACAAGAGGCGAUACUACGUAUGUUGUUUGUAAUUACAAUCCACCUGGUAAUAUAAUUGGCAGUUUUGAUAGUAUGGUGCCACCGAAGAAGUGAACGCAGGGUAAUCAGCGCUCAAAAUGUGAUAGAUUUUAAUAUAUGCAAGUAUUCUGAAAGUUUAAUUUACUUAUACAUAUAAAUAGGAGGGCGGCAGUAUGAGUGUAUUUUAAAUGAAAAAAUUAAUAAUUUUCCAUCUAAAUUACAGUCAUACUAUUUUCUUUUACUGCAACUCCUCAGAUAUAUAAAUAUUUUGUGACUUUUGAAAAACAUAUUCCAAAGAGAUAUUUUUAAGUUGCAAUACUAGAAUAUUAGAAUUUACAAUGUACUUUUUUUUACACGAAAUCUUUUGUAUAAAAUAUAAUGACACCAAAUUUGGCACUUUUUAUUUCGCGCAAUUUUCACGUAAAUUAUGAAAUUUUUCC